AUGGUGGGGCGCCAGCCGAUGCUGUGGGCGAUCCCGCCGCGCGACGUCAAGUGCGACGUGCCUGCGCUGGCUGGGCGGCUGGGCGUAUCCGAGGGUGAUGCGGCGCGGCUGGCGGAGCGCAUGCCGGUGCUGCUGGCCCUGGAGCCGGGGGCGCUGGCGCUCAGCGUGUCGGCGGCGGCGGCGGCGAGCGGCGUGGGCGAGGCGGUGCUGCUAGACCUUGUGGCGCGCCACCCGCCCCUGGUGGCGCUGACUGCUGGCAUGCUGGCCGGCGCGCUCGAGGCGCUCGGCGCGGAGCUGGGCGUCGGCCCCGAGGGUGCGGUGCGGCUGGUGGCGCGGCAGCCCACGCUGCUGCUCACGGCGGCAGGCAACGUGGCGGCUGCGGCGGAGCUGCUGGCGGAGGUGCUGGGGUGCAGCCUGGAGGAGGGGCUGCGGCUGCUGUGCGAUCAGCCGUGGCUGCUGUACGACCAGACCCACGAGAGCCUGGCGGCGCGGCUGGCGCAGCUGGGGGGGCUGUUUGGUGGGGGCGCGGAGGAGGGGCGCGAGAUCGCGCUGCAGCAGCCGGCGCUGCUGGCGCUGUCCCCAGCGACGCUGGGCGCCGUGCUGGCCGCCUUCGAGUCCCAGCUGGGCCAGGCACCCGCCGACGCUGCGCCGCUGCUGCUGUCGGACCCGGGGGGCUCCGUGGUGGCGGGCUACUUUGGCGGCAGCGCGGUGGGGGCGCGGCUAGCCGAGGCCUGGGCCUCGCAGCUGCGCAUGGCCCCCGACGCCGUGGCUGCGCUGGUGGCGGCUCAGCCCGCGCUGGUGGAGGUGCCCCCCAACGUGCUGCGCGCGCGGCUGGAGGGCCUGGGCGCGCUCCUGGGGGCGCCCUCUGUCGCGGUGGCCCAGCUGGUCCUGAAGCACGCGGCGCUGGCGGCAGUCCCGCCCAACGCCACCAUCACGCGCGCCAAGAACCUGGCCACAGCGCUUGGCUGCAGUAUGGCUCGCGCGGCGGAGCUUGUGGCCAAGGCGCCUGCCGUGCUGGCUGUGCCGCUGGAGGAGCUCAGGGCAGUGCGCAUUGAGGCGGCGGCGGCCGCCGCAGCGCUCGGCCGCGCUGGCGGCGCUGGCGGUGGUGGCGAUGGCGGGCCUCUCCACGAGCGUCUGCUUGACGUGUGCGCGGCUUACGAGUUCUUCACGGGGCAGUGGCUGGCCGCGCAGGCCAAGCAGGCCUCACCCGCGCGGGACACGUCCUUUUCGAUGCUGCACAGGUAA